CUAUCACUCAGUCUCACAGUCUCUGGCAGUCGUGUCGUCCACAUCACAAUGUCACCCUUGUACUGCCACGGGAAACCAAGGCCUCUCCUCGUCCUCCUCGCGGUCACCCUCACACUACUCGCCGCCGCAGCCACGGCCGACGAUGUCUCCUCCGGCAGCCCCUUCUACCCCUCCGCGGAGGCGGCCGCGGCGGCGCACUGCGACGGCACGCUGUACCCGGAGCUCUGCCUGUCGACUCUCGCCGACAUCCCGGACCUCCACAAGAAGCCGCUCCCGGACGUCAUCUGCGCGGCCGUGAACCGCACCGAGACCGAGGUGACCACCAUGUCCGCCAACUGCUCCGCCUACCUCCACGGGAGGUCCCUCACCUCGCGCGACCACCUAGCCGUCAUGGACUGCAUGGAGCUCCUCGACACCACCAUGGACGAGCUCGUGGCCACCACGGCCGACCUGCAGUCGCCGUCCGCGGCGAGGCGGCCGACCAUGGAGCACGCCGUGACGGUGCUCUCGGCGGCCAUCACCAACCAGCAGACCUGCCUGGAGGGCUUCUCGUAGAAGGGUGGGGAGGUGCGGCGCUACAUGGAGCCCGGCAUCCGCCACAUCGCGCGGAUGGUCAGCAACUCGCUGGCCAUGGCCAAGAAGAUGCCCGGUGCCGGGACUGGCGGUUCAAAGCCUUCACCGUCGACGGAGGAAACGGAGAGCGUCGCGCGGCAGCCGUUCACGGGGUACGGGCAGGUGGUGAAGGGGGUUCCGCGGUGGGUGAGGCCCGGGGACCGGCGGCUGCUGCAGGCGCCGGCGUCGGGCAUCACGGCGAACGCGGUGGUGGCCAAGGACGGGAGCGGGGGGGUUCACGACGGUGCGGCCGCGGUGGCCGCGGCGCCGACCAACUCGAAGAGCAGGUACGUGAUCUACAUCAAGGCCGGGGCGUACAUGGAGAACGUGGAGGUGGGGAAGAGCCACAAGAACCUCAUGUUCAUCGGCGACGGCAUGGGCAAGACGGUGAUCAAGGCCAGCCUCAACGUCGUCGACGGCUCCACCACCUUCCGCUCCGCCACAGUCGCUGUGGUGGGCAGCAACUUCCUGGCCCGCGACCUGACCAUCGAGAACGCGGCGGGCCCGUCCAAGCACCAGGCGGUGGCGCUCCGCGUCGGCGCCGACCUCUCGGCCUUCUACCGGUGCAGCUUCGUGGGCUACCAGGACACCCUCUACGUGCACUCGCUCCGGCAGUUCUUCCGCGAGUGCGACAUCUACGGCACCAUCGACUUCGUCUUCGGCAACUCCGCCGCCGUGCUCCAGAGCUGCAACCUCUACGCGCGUCGGCCCCUCCCCAACCAGAGCAACAUCUACACGGCGCAGGGCCGGACCGACCCCAACCAGAACACCGGCAUCUCCGUCCAGAAGUGCAAGGUGGCCGCCGCCUCCGACCUCGCCGCCGUGCAGUCCAGCUUCAGGACCUACCUCGGCCGACCGUGGAAGCAGUACUCGCGCACCGUGUUCAUUCAGUCGGAGCUCGACAGCGUCGUCGACCCCGCCGGCUGGCUCGCGUGGGACGGCACCUUCGCGCUUGACACGCUCUACUACGCCGAGUACCAGAACACGGGGCCCGGCGCCGGCACGUCCGGCCGGGUGUCGUGGAUGGGGUACCGCGGCGUCAUUAGCGCGUCCGAGGCCAGCACCUUCACCGUGGGGUCCUUCAUCGACGGCGACGUCUGGCUCGCCGGCACGUCCAUCCCGUUCUCCGGCGGGUUGUGACCAACCAAAUCUAUCACAAAAAAGCACCCAGUCUUGAGUUCGAAUACAUCGAAUUACUACCCCAGUGGAGAGACACCUGCCUGAUUCUUCUAUUAGUUUUGUGGCAUUUUUUUCACCGCAAUAUUUUUUGUGGCUUAUGUGUUUGGUUAUUGUUUAUGUGGUUUGGUUAACUAGCCAGGUGUGCCUCGGGCAAUUGUGCGGGAAAUGUCACCAUUCUGUUUAUUUUAGUUUUGACACGUAUAAAUGUAUACUAUUGUGCUAUCUUAAGAAAUAAUAUAUUCAAAAAUGUA